AUUUGAUUGAUGGGUAUACCGGCAUCCAAAAUUAUUUGAUCGAUAGAAAGACACCUACCGUAUAUUUUUACAAGACUUGUAAUCGUUAUUAAACACGUAGACACAUUCGAUAAGACUUUAGAAAUAGAAUAGUCUCGUUCUUCAAUAAAUCUAAAAGCUGGUAAAUAUUUUUUUUUUCAAACAACUAAUAAUUGAUCUAAAAUUAUGGAGAGUCACAAAAAAAUGUUAUUUUUACUAUUUGUUAUUAUCGCUUGUACCUGCGCUGAAGAAUACUUCAAGCACCCCGUGAAUGAGAAAGUUUUUUAUUCCUGUCUGCAAGAUUCAGUCAUAGUUUUAUAUGAGACAUCAUCGCGAGAUCCCUAUAUUUAUUAUAAUAUUUAUGCUGAUGGUUUUGAAAGGCAGUAUAAAUCAGAAUGUUAUAAAACAGAAGGUAACAGAUUCGAGCUACUAGACUUCGAAUUUGAAUUCAAUAAAUGUUCACAUGGAUCACGAGAAAUUUAUGUCCGUUUAAAUGAAGUUAUUGCUGGAUUACCCAUUUUACAUGGUUUCAAUAUUAAUUGUACCAAUAAAAUGUCUAAAACUAAUGAUACUGAAAGUGUUACUUUAACAAGUCUGGAGUGAACUCGGAUUUUAUUUAAAUCCGACUUUACUUUAUCACCCGUAGUUCUGGAGUUUUAAAUAAAAAUCACUUCGCAUUCAAAGUAAACUGCACGGAAAAAAAUAAACUUUAAAAAUUACUAUUUGAAAUUAUAACCCGGAACCCGGUUGUCAAUAUGGGGAAUUUUAACAUUCAAAUAGUAAAUUUCAUAAUACGUGUCGUCUAUUUUCUAAGUAUCAGUUACGAUUUUUAAAGUUCAAAUAGUAAUUUUUCCUACAUAGACAAUAAAUUUUCAUACUUAUCCUGUAAUUAUUUAUGUUUUAAUUAUAAAUAAAAAAAAUUACUAUUUAGAAUGAUGGUAUUUACUGAUCACUUUAUCAUUAUAUUACUUGUCAUUCUCAAUUUAUAAAGUUCAU